CAGUCCCAUCAAUAUCAGAGGGGUCUUGAACAGACGGAGGCGACUCAGGACAGGCCGAAUCUGCAUCCGUCAUGUUCUUAAUAUUUGAGAGGUCAUGGACACUGAUUGGCUGAGGAUCUUCCCAGACCUGGCCUGGCAGAAACACCAGCUCAGUAUCAACAUGACCUGUGAGGGCCGUCGAGGACUCUGGACGGGCCGGAUCUGCAUUCGGCACAUCUGCUGUUUGCUUGAUGCUGAAGGGGCCCGGAACACUCAACGGCUGAAGAUCUUCACAGACCUGGCCUGGCUGCCACACCGGCUCAAGGUCUGCAUGUGCUGCGACGGUCCCUCCAGGACCGUCGCAGCACAUGCAGACCUUGAGCCGGUGUGGCAGCCAGGCCAGGUCUGUGAAGAUCUUCAGCCGUUGAGUGUUCCGGGCCCCUUCAGCAUCAAGCAAACAGCAGAUGUGCCGAAUGCAGAUCCGGCCCGUCCAGAGUCCUCGAUGGCCCUCACAGGUCAUGUUGAUACUGAGCUGGUGUUUCUGCCAGGCCAGGUCUGGGAAGAUCCUCAGCCAAUCAGUGUCCAUGACCUCUCCAAUAUUAAGAACAUGACGGAUGCUGAUUCGGCCUGUCCUGAGUCGCCUUCGUCUGUUCAAGACCCCUCUGAUAUUGAUGGGACUGAUGAAAAACCCAAGAAAGGAAGGAAAGGCAAAAGAGUCUCUGCUUUCUUCAAGAGAGUAUGGAAGGCUGCAACGCGCCCUUUCCUGUGCUGUGACACAGAUGUAGUCCAGCAUCUUACACCACAACCUGAGCCUGAGCCUGAGCCUGAACCUGAACCUGAGCCUGAGCCUGAACCUGAGCCCGAGCCCGAGCCCGAGCCCGAGCCCGAGUCCGAGUUCGAGUUCGAGUCUGAGUCUGAGUCUGAGUCUGAAGUCAGUUCUUGA